UGGCAACCGUGUUGACGUUUUGAAGGUUUUGUUUUGGUUGCUAGAAUCCGCCAAAUUUUAAAUAUUUUAUCACAAAUUAAUUAAAUAAUUUAAAAAAUUGCAAAUAUAAUGUUUAAGUCAUCCGUAAGUGCAGUUCAAAACAUAAAUGGAACGAGAUAAAAGCACUGAACGGGAUACUAUUGAAAAAUUUGACAUCAAGUUAAAAACUAAGCCAAAAGAUGGAGUUAUACUACAACUACACCAUACAGUGCGAGGAUCUAAAGGAGAAUGCCAUAGGAUAAGAUUCUCCACUGGUAUCUUUGACGACAGCCACGAGAAAUUAGCUUGCGCUGACAACAUUGGUAACAUCUUUAUACUUGACUUUUCGGAUUUAAAAUUUUGGAAACUGAAUGGAAUAGGGCCAUGUAGCGGCCUACAGUUCUUUCCGAACAAACAAGACACCUUGGUUGUGGCUACAACAAAAAAAUAUGAAAUAAAUUUCCUUGAUGUUGAAACUGGAAAAUUUUCCUUGACCCUCAGCGGUCACACAGCCCCUGUCAAACACAUUUCAUUCUCAAAUAAUAAAAUAAAUAAUUUAUUGACAGCGAGCCCAGCAGAAGCUAUUUUGUGGGAACUUCAAAAUUAUACAAAAUAUUUUACUUUAAAUACAUUCAAAGGAGCCCAAAUCCAGCAAAUAAUGUUCACCCCAGCGGGUGAUUACCUUGUGGCCUGCUUUCAAAAUGAUACUGUACAAAUAUGGAAACAUGAAAGUAUGAAGUCUGUAAAGCAAAUUAUACCUAGCGAAUUGAAGCAUAUGAAAUGCUUAGCCUUUACAAUGAAUGGACGGGCAAUGGCAAUGGUAGGACUUACUCCACUGCUGAUCCUCUUUAGUAUGGAUACAUGGAAAGCUAUUAAAACAAUAGACCUAACAAAGUAUAAUAUUUCUGCUGUUCACCAAGCUGCUUUCAUACCUCAGAUAUUUGAUGGGGGAGCAAAUAAAAUACUAGCAAUAUUAAGUAGUGACUGCAUAAUUAGUUUAUUAGACCUAGAGACACUUACAAUAAUACAUACCAUACAUCCUGAAUCAUCAGGUGUCAGAAAAUUUGCAGUUAGCAACACGGGUAAAUAUUUUCUGUGUAUUCUGCAACUUGGUGAAGUGAAUAUUUAUAACUCAUCCUAUGUCUUAGAGUCUGUCCAGAAAAGCAAUCCAAUCAAUAUAAAGAAAGAAAUACCUUGCUCCUCUACACAUAAGAGUUCUUUACGGGAUCAUUCCAUAACCAAAGCUGAAGUGGAACAGAAAAUGAGGGUUUGCAUGGACAGUGCAAGACUCAGAAGAAUUUUGAUGCAGUAUGGUGAAUAUCCUGAUAAAUUUAGAUCAAUAAUUUGGAGAUCACUUCUCAAUACACCCAGAAAUAAGACAGCUUAUGCUAUGUUAAUUGAUAAGGGCAUACACACAGCUUACAAAGAUAUAGAAAAGCAGUUCACCAUACAUAGUUCUAUCACACUCAAAAACCUGAAGAGACUGCUAUCAUGUUUGGCUCACUGGUGUCCGCUGUUUGCUGUAAUGAAGUUCUUGCCAGGCUUUGUAUUUCCUUUUGUAAAGGUGCUACAGAAAGACCCACUUUUGUUAUUUGAGUGUGUGGCUACAAUACUGUUUAACCAUUGUCAGUUAUGGUUUGAAUAUGCCCCAUUCCCACCUAUCAGUGUGCUAGCAAUGAUUGAAAAUAUUCUAGCAGAACAUGACCAACAACUCCUGGACCACUUCUGUGAAGUUGGUGUUACUAGUCAAGUGUAUGCACUUAAAAUAUUAGAAACUGCUUUCAGUGAAGUUUUAACCUGCUCUGAAUGGUUAAUCCUUUGGGACCACAUACUAAGCAAUGAGCCAGCCUUCAUUCUGAUGGCUGUUGUUUCAUACAAUAUUGUCCAAAAAAAUGCAAUAAGAAGACUAAAAACUCAAGAACAACUUGAAAAUUUCUUUCACAUGCAAAACCCUAUUGACAAGAAAACAUUUCUAAAGAAAACUUAUGUUCUUGUUAAUGAAACUUCAGAAGAUAUACAUCCACGACGAUUUCUCAAUAGUUUUACUGCGUUGGAUAAAGGCGAAUGUUACCAACAGUUUACUGGUUAUCCAAAAGCUACGAUUUGCCUUAAACUUGCAAAAAAAGACAGGCAAAAAACCUUGAAGAGUGAUAGGUACACGUUAAGAGAACUGACAACAAGGAGCCAAGAAAGGGAAAUCAACGAAAGAAAUAAAUCUGCUGAAGUUGCAGACUACAAAUCCAUGCUGAGCGGAAGCAAUAGCUUAAAAGGAGAUGGUAAAGAUAAACACGUAAAGAAAAGUAAGGAAAAAAGCCACGACCGCAUACAAAAUAAAGGAGAUUUUUGUAAGCGCCAAGUGAAAGACGAUUUGAUAGAAAACAUUAUUUAUCCUGCUUGCAUACACUUGCAAAAGCAUAAGAUACAACCAGAGGUUAGAAGUAAAAAGAAAGAUAAAGAAGAUAAUGUCGCUCAACAUUCUAGAUCGAGAACAAAGAAAAAACUCUCAGGUAGAAAAGAUUUAGAAAAAGAAGUCGAGAAAUUAAUAAGAACGUAUUCUAAUUCCGAUGUGUCCGAUACGUAAUGACAUAUUUUAGUAAUAAAAUAUAUUUCAAUAAUUGUAUCAUCAUAAAAAUAAUGUAAUAUAGAAAAACCAGAAUUAAUUCGUAAACCAAACAA